UAUCAGGUGGUUAAAAAGAUCGUUCGGAAACGGUUAUUACCAACGGUCGUGAUUGCGUCGGCUGCGUCUCGUCAAGUCGUCAAUCUCGUCAUUCGGUUUUAGGACGGGGAUCCAGGAUCACGACGACGGUAUAUAGGAUUGGACGGGGCACAGCUCACGAGGAUGCGGCCGGACUCGCGCAGCGUCUCGUUCACGUUCCACCGGGAAGUGCUGAGCGUGCGAAACUCGCCGGAGAUGGUUCCGCGGAGCUCGCGGAACCUGCGUCAGCGCCUGCAGGAUCGAUUCGAGAAGGACCGGGGAUCGGGCGGUAACGAUAACGCGAAGGAGAAACCAGCGAAGGCGAAGGACUCGGUCGACCGGGCCUGGAACAACAUCAGCCUCGGCAACGUGUCCGCGGAUUCGAGGCGAGCGUUGAGAAACGGCGCCGAGAAGCUGUCCAGGACGAUAUCCUCGGUGCGCACCACUUUCGGCACGAUAUCUCAGAAAUUUAAGAGUUCCACGCGUAGACGCCAGCGA